AUGUCUAUCAGUGAACUGCAAAACGAAAUAGAGUCGUGGGACGAAAGUUUCGCUAGUGCUAUUAAUUAUUUGGAAUCAGUUAUCGUUCAUGCUGAAGUAGUGGAUUCUUCGUUGAAGGAGUUGGUCGAGAAUUAUGGGAAAGUUGAGCAGGAGGUGAACGUUCGGGUGCGUACACUGAAAGAUUUGAUGCUCAAAGACUUGAAUUACGAGGAACUUGAAAACUUUUUUGAAAAAAGUCGUUAUGGCCUUCUUGAUUUUGUGAACGGAGGAAGAGGUCUAGUCCUCUGCGGUCUGUGA